AUGAUUCCUCAUAACCACCCCAAUACCAGCAGCGCCAUUCUUAACAGAGGCGUUGCAAUUGACUUUGAUGACACCAAGGGGAGGCUGGUUCCACGAGUGGGGUAUUCUGCACCAGGAAGAAUCAUGGCUAUUAUGGGUCCCUCUAAUUUUGGAAAAUCCACAGUUCUUGAUUCAUUAGCAGGAAGACUGUCAACGGAUGUAGUAACAACUGGCAAUAUUCUCUUCCAUGGAAGCAAGAAAAUGGUUCUGUUUUUGGAUUUUCGAGCUCAAAAUUUUCAGGCUUAUGUGACAGAAUAGGAUGUGUUAUUGGGAACACUGACAUUUAGAGAAACUAUUACAUUUUCGGCUCACUUGAUGCUUCCAACUUUAAUGAGUAGAGAAGAGGUCAAUGGCAUUGUGGAAGCAACAAUCAUGGAAAUGGGGCUUCUUGAUUGUGCAGAUAGGUUCAUUGGAAACUGACAUUUGAGAGGUAUCAGCGGUGGGGAAAAGAAGAGAGUAAGCAUUUCCCUUGAGAUUCUCACUCAUCCUUGCCUUCUGUUUCUUGAUGAACCUACAAAUGGCCCUGAUGAUGCCUUGGCUUUCUUUGUCAUUCAAAUGAUUAGAAAUGUUACUUGCGAUGGAAGAACUGUUAUAUCAUUGAUUUACCAGCAAAGUACUGAAGUUUUUGCACUCUUUGAUGAUCUUUUCUUGUUAUCAUGUGGUGAAACUGUUUAUUUUGGAGAAGCAAAGAUGGCCAUAGAGUUCUUUGCUGAGGCUGCUGUUCCAUGUCCUAGUAGAAGGAAUGCCUCAGAUCACUUCUUACGUUGUAUAAAUUCAGAUUUCGACAAAGUUACUGCCACACUGAAAGGAUCUCAAAGAAUGCCUGAUGCUCUGAAAUCAUCCGACCCUCUCUUGAAUUUGGCGACGGCAGAAAUCAAAGCAAUGCUUGUUAAGAAAUACAGGCGCUCGAGGACGGCCAUGUCAUUGAAAGCAAAGGUGGAAGUCAAGCAAAUUGGUGGAAGCAGCUUUCAACAAUGAGUCGAAGAUCAUCAGUGAACAUGUCCAGAGAUGUUGGAUAUUACUAUAAUGAUCUAUAUAGUUGUAUCUAUAUGGGUUGGUACUAUCGACUUUGAUGUUGGAAGUACCUAUAUUGCAAUCUUUUCUAGGGGAGCUUGGGGUGCUUUUAUAACAGACUUAUGACAUUCAUGUCCCCUGGAGGCUUCCCGUUCUUUAUAAAAGAAAUGAAGGUAAACAAAUCUCAUAUUUGCACA